GAGCGUGUGGGUCACAUGUUCUGUUUCCCCUCUCCCCGUGCACAGACUGAGCGUUCUGUUCCUCUGCAGGUGCUGUGUGUGAAGAACCUGAGUGCUCGGGCCUCGCUGGCCCAGCUGGUGGCGCUGUUCUCCAGGUACGAGCAGCAGAGCGCUCCCCCGCUGCUCUACCGCCUGCUGACAGGACGCAUGAAGGGCCAGGCCUUCAUCACUCUGCCAGACGCUGAAACGGCCCAGAAGGCUUUGCAGUUGGUCCAUGGAUACCGGUUGCUAGGGAAACCUUUGGUGGUUGAAUUUGGCCGUGAGCGACAGGAAGACGAGAAACAGAAGGAGAAGCAGGAGGAGAGGAAAUAAAAAUAAAUAGUAGAGAUAAAACGUUUACUCCUGACAGCAGCCUGGAUCCUCCUGAACAACGGGGCGGAGAUGGAUGUGUAUUAUUUAUUAUGAUCUUUUCCUUUUAAUAAAUAUCUGUUUUGCACCAAA